AUGCUGCCUAAUAUAAAACAACUAAAAUUAUUAAAUUUAUUAAAUAAAAAUAAUUAUUUCUGUUGGCCUUCCAUAAUUUUUAAAAUUUUUAUUUUUUGCCUUUUAAUAAUCCCAGAAGAUUUGGCCGCCCAUUUCUUUCAUGACGAUUAUUUUGAUUUUAAAGAUCCUAAUAGAACGUAUAGACCCAAAUAUUAUUGGUUAACUUUGUCUAUAAGAAAUCAUAAUGUAAGUGAAGCUAUAUUCUUUCGACUCCUUGGCGUAGACAACACAGUUGAUUUUCACAUCUCGCCUGGGCAAAUAUUUACAAAUAGUCAAUAGAAAAGGAGCUUGGACAUUAUUCAUUGAAUUUCCCGGUGACAGGUGAGAGAAAAAUUUGAAUAAUAAAUUGGAUGGGGGAGUUUGCGCAUGUAAAUAAAAUUGAAAAAUGAGCACUUUAGGCUAUGAAAUUU